AUGAAGGCCGACUUUGAGGCGAUCGCGGAGUUAACGGAAAGUGAGUUCAAGUCAAGCACCGGGUUUGCGCGGCGCAUGAAUCACUACAGCACGGUUUACACGGCCGCAACACGCACCACGAACGUACGAUCUUUUUCGGAUGCCUUUGGGUAUUAUGUGGAUGAGUUGCUCUACACCGACUUUGAGGAGAUGCUGACCCGCUACCUGCUGAAGUACCACGACCUGCAGGCUCCCUCGCAGGUGCUCCUCUUUGGAAAGGUCUUGAAGCUGUGGGAACAUUAUAAGGUGCUGAUGAAGUGGAACAUGCGGGCCUUUGCGUACCUUUCAAGGUUUUACAUCGUCAACUGCGGAAAACCGUCGCUGCAGCAGGUGGCGCUAAACAUCUUUCUAGAACAAGUAGUAAGAAAGAAUGUAAACGUAAUUAGUCGAGUCACACAAGACCUGCUUUGCUCGGAACGGAACGGUGAAACGGUGAAUCGUGACCAAAUCCGAGGUGCCAUUGAGUUGCUCUCCUCGGUCAGCGCUGAGAAGAAGGAGGAGGUAUUUUUGGAGCCGUUUUUGAAGCCGUACGUGGCCCGGACAAGGGCGCACUACGAGGGCCUCGUCGCGGAAUGGAGCCAGUCGAGCGUCCCCGCCGAGUUGCUGCGGCAAAUUGAACAGGCGCACAACGAAGAGAAGGCCCGCUGCAUGCGUUACUUUUUCCCCGACGACGGACAAAAAAUCAUGACACACGUCGAGGAAGUGCUGCUGGAGUCUCCUAUGACGGUGGAAAGGCUUCUUAAGUCGGACGACGGCUUCAUCGCCGCGCUAAGAAGCCGCGACGAGAAUCUCCUGAGGGCGUACUACAACCUACUCUCCUGCCGCACCAAGAGUUUGGUGUUCCUGUCCAACCUCACGCGCGAUGAAAUUGUUGCCGAGGGCAAGGAACGGUUACUGCAGCACGAUUCGCAGCAGAAGAUGGAGGUUCGGUCGUGUGUGGCGGAUAUGCUUCAAUUGCAGGACGAUUUUAUGCAGCUACUUGCCCGUUGCUUUCAGGGUAACGCCGUCAUGCUGAAGUCCGUGCGGGGGGGUCUUGAGGGGGCUUUCAGCGGCGGUGUUCAUGCGUCUCGGGGGCCGCAGCGGUCUGUGCCUUUUAGUGAACUGCUGGCGUGCUACGUCGACGCCGUCCUCCAGGGAAAUGAGGGCGCUGCCGUUGAAGAGGAAUUAGAACGGGCCGUCGCGGCCCUUGCGUACGUGAGUGACCGAGACACUUUUUUGGCGCACUCGCGCGAGCUAUUGGCGCAGCGGAUUCUUUUUCCGCGCAGAAAGAUCGACGAGGUCACAGAGCGUUCUCUUAUUCAGCGCAUCAGCCAGCGCUGCGGUGUGUCCAGCACGAGUUGCCUGGAGGGAAUGCUGCACGACGUGGAUAUCGCCGAAGGGUUUGGGACCGCAGAAAAGCUUGAGGCCGCUGGUGCGGCCCCUAGUUUUAAUUUUAGCGUGCUGGUUGUGAAAAAGGGCAUUUGGCCGCCACGGAUUCAGAGUGAGUCGUUUAUACCUCCUCGCAUGCUCCAGGAGACGCUGCGUGCGUUUCAGCGGAUUUAUCUCGAGGGCACGACCGGGCGCGUGCUCACCUGGUCGCACUCCAACAGCAACGGCGAUGUCCGUGCGGUGUUCAAGCGGGGCGUUAAGAUCCUCUCCAUGACCGGACUUCAGUGCUGGGUGGUUUUGGCGUUCAAUGACGCGACGGAGUUGACCCUCAGUGCCCUGAUGAACCUCUUCGGGAUGUCCCUGGAGGACGCCAAGCCCGUGCUGCUCCCGCUGCUGAAGUGCUCAAUACUCCGCGGCGCAUCCGACGCCGCCGCAAUGCAACCGCUGGAAAAGUUUUAUAUCAACGAAAAUUUCUCAAGCAGGUGGAAAAAAGUCCGAGUGCCCAUGACGCCCUUUCGUCGCGAUGGCCUGUUCCACAGUGAGGCGAUCGCGAAGGAGGUGGAGGAAGACAGGCGACCCGCCAUCGAUGCCUGCCUGGUCCGCAUCAUGAAGAGCCGUCGCGUCUUGAGUCAUUCAAGCCUCUUGGAGGAAUGCCAGCAAAAACUCUCACACCUUUUUUCGGCCGACCCAAAGUUGAUCAAGCAGCGUGUCGAAGAGCUCAUGCGAAAAGACUACAUUGAGCGUGACCAGAAAAACCCUGCGGUAUACCAAUACAAGGCAUAG